CUCAUUUAUGCAACAAGGACAACAUUUUGGGGCCCACGUCAUUGGUUUCCACGGUGGGCUGAUCUAGCACUGCUCUUCCGGUGGAGACGUGGCUCUGUACUGCUGCCAUAUUGACGCUAGCUAGCUAACAAUCACACAACUUGAAGUCGACUGUAUAUUCGCACCUUGCUAUUCCAGAGUGACUAGAAAUCACCAAAGCAAGAAACACGAGAGACGGAAGAUCGUCGUACCAUAGAGAGAGACCAAAAUGGUGCUGUUGGCAGCGGCGGUGUGCACCAAGGCCGGAAAGGCCAUUGUAUCACGGCAGUUUGUGGAAAUGACCCGGACACGCAUUGAGGGUCUCCUGGCUGCAUUCCCUAAACUGAUGAACACGGGCAAGCAGCACACGUUUGUGGAAACAGACAGUGUUCGCUAUGUGUACCAGCCGCUGGAGAAGCUCUACAUGGUCCUCAUCACCACCAAGAACAGCAACAUCCUGGAGGACCUGGAGACACUCAGACUCUUCUCUCGUGUGAUCCCAGAAUACUGUCGCGUGCUGGAGGAGAGCGAAAUAUCGGAGCACUGCUUUGAUCUUAUCUUUGCCUUCGAUGAGAUUGUGGCACUAGGCUACAGGGAGAACGUCAACCUGGCUCAGAUCCGCACCUUCACAGAGAUGGACUCCCAUGAGGAGAAGGUUUUCCGUGCUGUCAGAGAGACUCAGGAAAGAGAGGCCAAGGCAGAGAUGAGGAGGAAGGCCAAGGAGCUGCAGCAGGCUAGGAGGGACGCUGAGCGCUCUGGAAAGAAGGUGCCAGCCUUUGGCGGCUUCGGCAGCGCCGGCAUGACCAGCGUCUCCUCAGGGUCCAUCAUCACAGACACCAUUGUCGAGCCUGAGAAGCCCAAGAUCACACCGGCUCCAGUCAGACCAAGUGGACCCAGUAAGGCUCUCAAACUGGGUGCUAAAGGGAAAGAGGUGGACAACUUUGUUGACAAGCUCAAGUCUGAGGGUGAAACCAUCAUGCCCACCACAGGAAAGAGGGGCUCAGAUGUAUCUAAAGUUCUACCACCACCAGUCAAUGUGGAGAGUGUACAUCUGCGUGUGGAGGAGAAGAUCUCGCUGACUUGUGGUCGUGAUGGCGGCCUGCAGAACAUGGAGGUGCUGGGCAUGGUGACGCUCCGAGUCACAGACGACAAGAAUGGGCGCAUUCGCCUCAUCAUCAACAAUAAUGACAACAAAGGAUUGCAGCUGCAAACGCAUCCCAAUGUGGACAAGAAGUUGUUCACAGCUGAAUCAGUGAUUGGCCUGAAGAACCCAGAGAAGUCCUUCCCUCUCAACAACGAUGUUGGUGUGCUGAAGUGGAGACUACAGACUACAGAUGAGGCCCUCAUACCUCUAACCAUAAACUGCUGGCCUUCAGAGAGUGGUAGUGGCUGUGAUGUCAACAUUGAAUACGAGCUGCAGGAGGAGAGCCUCGAGCUCAACGACGUGGUCAUCAGCAUCCCUGUACCGUCUGGUGUGGGAGCUCCUGUGAUUGGUGAUCUGGAUGGAGAGUACAAACACGACAGCAGGCGAAACAUUCUGGAGUGGUGCCUACCUGUCAUCGAUGCCAACAACAAGACUGGCAGCCUGGAGUUCAGCGUCGCCGGACAGCCCAAUGAUUUCUUCCCCAUCAGUGUGUCCUUUGUGUCCAAGCGCAACUACUGCGACAUCCAGGUUACCAAAGUGACUCACGUAGAUGGAGACAGCUCUGUUAGAUUCUCUUCAGAAACCUCCUUUGUUGUCGACAAAUAUGAAAUCCUGUAAAAAAAUAUUCAAAGAAAGCAAAAUCAAAAAAAUCACCAACAAAAAAAGUCCAAAUCUAUGCUACAGAGAAAGAUUGAAGAUUUCUUGCCUGCCCACCCUGUAUACUAUUUCAAAGACUGUGUACAUCGACAGGACUACGUCAGCCCUCUGGCAAAGCCUCUUCUUCUGGUGGAGCAGAGCAGCGGUGGUGUAUUUAUAUGUUUGUAUGAGAGAGGAUCAUCUAUAUAUAGAGUUAAUUGAACAGGAAAAACCACCAAACACACAAAAAAGAAAACUACACUGAUGCUGUUGUGUUCACAAAGCAGAACUGUAAAGAGGACUUCAGACUAAGUAGAGGAUGACUGCGGGGGUGCAGGAGAGGCCGGCGGCCGUCUUCUCGUCAGUCUAUCAGUAAAACCCUGCCAGGAGGUAGAGAGGGAGAACAGGGACCUGAGGCCACUGCAUCAGUCUCCACUAGAAUGAGCGCUGGUAGUUUAGCAUCUCCCGAGAAUCACGCAUCCUCCACAACCUUUCUUCUGCACACUCGCAUUGCAAUGGUUCACCUUGAAUGGGAUUCUUGCUUUCUUUCUUCUCAGAUUUUCUUAUCCAUAAUAACUGCAGAAUUGUAGCUGUCUCAAUCAUUUAUAAGCCUGUCUCUUUAAUCGUUAAACUAUUGUGAUUUGCUCUAUUGAUAUCUCACUUCAGAUGAUUGGGUUUUUUUCUUUCCUGUGAGGACACUGACAGUUUUUGUAGAGAGGUAACACAUUGGCUCUUCGCUGAAAAGCAAAAUAUGGCUCUGUGCUCAGUAUAUUGUCUGUUCUGUCUGCGGUUAUCAGCAAAAUUGCUGCGACGUGUCCUUUUUAUUUUUAACUUUGAUAUUUUUUACUGUUUGCUGUAUACUUUGUCAUUGUUUACCACUAAUCUGGAUAUUGAAAUUUGACAGUGAAGAGCAUGACAUGUAAGGAAUUCUCAGCUGCAGGGCAAAGUUACCUACCAGUAAAUAUAUUUGACUAUUGCAUCUGUUGAAUUUUCUUUUUUGUAACACCAUUGCAACGACUGUCAAAAACUUGUCGAAAAGAGACGCCAUGUUUCAGUCUGGUCCAUUUAAGUCCAAUGAUCAGCCCUCAGAUACCACACAGUAAAAGUACUUUGAACGCAGCCCAGAAACAACAUCCAAGCCCCUAAUCUAACAUCCCAUAAGGCGUUUUAGAUCAGAGAUGGGAGUGGAUGUGUGUUGCCAUGAUAGUGGAAGUCUGCACACGCACACCAGGGAUCAGAGACUGCCGGCCUGAUAUUCCACCCGCUCCCCUCACAUCCAAGGUAAGCAGAGAGGCUACUGGAGCCAUCGCAGUAAUCUGCAGCCGACACCCCUGCUCGUCCACCUAGUCAUCCUUUACUUACAUUCUCAUAGUACAUCUGCAUUAUUCAAAAUAUAACAUUUGUCUUUCAUGUUCUUGUUAUUUUUUGUUGUUUUUUUUUUUUCAUUUGUACUCCCCAAAUUUCAAUUUAGCAAUGGUUGUGUGUAUGUGGGGUUGAAAAUGACUAGAUUGAGCAUUUUUAACUAAAUUACUGAAGGGGAAUCUUAACAUUCCAGUGUACAAUUAGGAAAAAAAGAAUCUCUUUAAUGGAAUAAAAUGUAUUAUUGAAAGUC